AUGUAUACAAGUAGACACAAGGGAGUAGCGAUAAGCACUUCUUGUAUCAACUCACUGUUGUCAUCGUUGUUGGAAAUCGACUGUCAGUUCGACUCUUUCGAAGUCUUGAAGGAUAUGGAAGAAAAAAGGAAACUGGAACCCGAUCAGCACACUUUUGAAGUUCUUCUUACCGGUAUAGCCCGAAAAGGUGAUGUCGAAGGAUGUAGAAAGAUGGUUUAUGAGAUGGCAAGGCGUGGAUUCUUAGUGAACAGUGCCUGCAACGAUGCUCUCGUCUAUUGUUUUGCGGUCAGAGGACAUCACGCAAAAGCUGAUUCAUUGGCCGAGCAGGCUUUGGGCAAAUAUGGCGCCGAUGCUGUUUCCAGUGCUCAAGGAGCGUGCGCAAAAGCUGCUGCAGCACGUGUAGAUCUGAAUCGUCUGAGAAAGGUAACACUCUAA